AUAGUCACCAGUUUGUAUUCAUGGGUGCAAGUUGUCAGGAUCAGAAAAAAGCGUUGGCGGUCUGCCUACAGAGAUCACCAUGCGUGCUCAUCGAGAGAAACACUCCCAAAGACUGUCUCACCAAACCAGAAUUGAAGAAAGAUCUCCCGGCACUCUGUGUAGCCAACUUCCUCUCGUACAUGGAGUGCAAGAACGGAUAUUUCGACAUGACCAAACGAAUGAGAGGUAAUGCUCCGUUGUCUACUGGGAAAUACGACCAAAUCUACGAUAACUUAUCGAGUGGGAACUUUGAUGCCAAAGAAGAAAUGAGGAAACUAGAGGUGCUCAACCGCAACUUAUCGCGGGAAUCUCCUUCUAAGUAGUACACCCUCAUUAGGCCCUUCUGUAAAUAGGUAAUAACACACAUUGUAUGC